AUGUCGCUGUGGUCUGUACUCAGCAGCCCAGUAUGGGGUCCUGGCUCUGUCGUCCUCAUUCUGGUCCUCCUGCUUAGACUAAGUGUGCAGAUCUGGCAUAAGUUUUAUCUCUGGGACCUCCAGCACUGCUCCACGGAUUUGACUGGGAAGACAGCAGUGGUGACUGGGGCCAACAGUGGCAUUGGGAAGGCUGUGUCCCAGGAGCUGGCCCGCCGCGGGGCCCGUGUGAUCCUGGCCUGCCGUAGCCGAGAGCGAGGACAGCAAGCCCUGGCUGAGAUACAAGCAACGUCUAAGAGCAACCGCCUCCUACUUGGUGAGGUGGACCUGAGCUCUAUGGCCUCCAUCCGGAGCUUUGCUCAGCGGCUGCUGCAGGAGUGUCCUGAGAUUCAUCUGUUGGUUAACAAUGCUGCAGUCUGUGGGUUCCCUACCACACUUACUCCAGAGGGCCUUGAUCUCACCUUUGCUACCAACUACACUGGACCCUUUCUGCUCACAAAUCUGCUCCAAGGGGCCCUUCAGCGGGCAGGGUCAGCCCGGGUGGUGAAUGUAUCUUCCUUCCGGCAAUCACACGGGUACAUUGAUGAGGAUCAUCUGAUAGGGGCCGGUAGACCUUUGACCUUCAACCAGAACUAUGAUUGCAGCAAAUUGCUUUUGGCCUCAUUCACUGGGAAGCUUGCCCAGAGACUUCAAGGGACAGGUGUGACUGUGAACUCUGUGGACCCAGGGGUUGUGUACACGAAAAUCAUGAAGCAUUUCUCCUGGUCAUAUCGCUUCCUCUUCUGGCUCCUCAGCUUCUUCUUUAAGGAUAGCAAACAAGGUGCAGUCCCAGUCCUCUACCUGAGCUUAGCAAAGGAGCUGGAUGGCGUUUCUGGGAAACAUUUUAGCAGUUCCUGCGUGAUAACUCUACCCCCUGAAGCUGCUCAGGAUCCUCACGUGGCCCAAAGCCUCUGGAAUACCUCAGUCCGACUAACAAACCUAGACAAGGUGGACUGA